AACACAGUUUCAGAUGGAUUAAGAGAAGAAGCGCGUGGGAACAUGACGAGAUGUGUUGAGGAAUAACAGAGCAAUAUCUCGGCAGAAUAAACCAGCAGAAUGACGAAACUUCUGGCCCUCGUCAGUGUGAUCGGCUUCAGAUUGAUGGUCUGUGUUCACAGUGAGUUUAUCGAGCCGUCUCCGUCUCUGGCCCUGCGCUCGUUCUCUGGUGCACAGACCCGGCUGCCCUGCCGCUUUAUGGUGGAGGCCGAUGAAAAGGUGGUGCAAGUGACCUGGUCCAGACAGAAACCAGGAGGAGAACGAGAACAGAUUAUCAUCAGACACUUUACUCAAGGACCUGAAGCGUCUCCUGAUUUUCUGAAUCGUGUUCAGUUCGAGAGCUCCGAACCGACCGUCGACUCCACGCUGUUGAUUCUGAACACAAAGAAAGCUGAUCAGGCCACAUACACCUGCCACAUCUCCAUCUAUCCCUCUGGAAGCUUCGAGAGACAAAUCAGUCUGACUGUCUGGAUUUUGCCGAUCUCGUCUCUGGAUCCGGUGAUCCUUGAGGAAGGCCAGUCGUUCCAAGCAGCUGCUUUCUGUCGUGCGGUUGGACACCCUCCGCCGCGUUUGUCCUGGGACACGGACGUUCCCGGGCAGUCUCAGAACCGUACUGGAGAGGAUGGAGUCGUAACCUCACAGUUUUCCCUUCAUCCGCUGCGCAGCAUGAACAAACGGCGCUUGGACUGUCUGGUGUGGCAUCCGGCUCUCGACGGCCCGCACAGAAUCAGCAACGAACUCAUCGUGCACUAUCCUCCUGAUGCACUGAUUGCUGAUUCUGGUUCCUGGAGAAUCGGACACUCAGGAUCUGAGCUCAGAUGUGUGGUUAAAGGAAACCCAUUGCCUCAAAACAUCACGUGGAGCAGGAAGGCCGGUCGUCUGCCAGCAGGAGUGUUGGUUCAGGAGGACAGACUGGUGUUUGUUCGGCCUCUGAACGUGACGGAUGAAGGAGUGUACAUCUGCCAGACCGCUAACAGCGUGGGAAUCGCUAAAGCCGAGUUUAAAGUGGAGAUCGGAAAGCAUGCAUCUGGGUUUGCACACACUGUGAGAAGCCCAUCAGAGAGACUCCUCAUCGUCAUAGGGACGUCUGUCGCCGGGGUUUUAAUCAUCUUUGUAGUGAUCUCCAUCAUUUUCGUCAACUGUCACCUUAGACGCAAGAACAGGAAGCUGAAGCGAGUGCUCAGCGUCAGAACGGAGGAGAUGAUCAGUCUGUCACGACAGGUUUCCAUGAGGAGACUCAACUCCAUCAACGGGGAUCCCAGGACAGCGCUGGAGGAGGGUUCACUGAUUCAGAUGGACAGUGCGAUGAAGGGCAGUGUUUUAUCAGUGGAGGAUCGUUCAGCUCUGAGUGACGUGAGAGGCAGACGUGGAGACGUACAGUUGGACAGUCUGGGACGUCCUGCCAUCUACACAACACACCGGCCGGAGCGAUCCAGCAAGGCCUUGAGAGAGAGUGAGGAGGAGAGAAAUGAGCGCAGACAGAGAGUCGAGUCCUACGUUAAAUCCAGCAAUAUGUCACUGGAUUCAGGGCUUCACCGGGAUCAGAGUUCUCCUCCUCCGUCCAUGAGCUCGGGUCUGACUGUAGAUGCCAUCGGUGAAGGAUGGAAGCGCAGCUCUCGCCGAGAGAUUCACCGAGACAUGCAGCGAGAGCGACUUCCUGAAGAAGAAGAGGAAAGCUCUGCUGUGAACUCCUAUAAGCUAUCCGAGGCUGUUUCCAACUACUUCCAGUGCAGCAACGGAGGACUGACGCCGAGGGCAAACUCCAACGGCAUCAUCAUACACUCGCAAAGAUCCGCCAUCUGAUCAACACUCGAUCCUUCCUGCAGCUCAAGCGUUGUGCUGAUCGUCGUCGCUGCAUGCAGCUUGAUUAUCUGUAAACUCUUAAAGAGACAGUGUACAAAAUUACCAUUUACUUUCUCAAACCGGCAUGGUUUACUUCUGUAGAAGCGUUUGCGAAGCAUUAACGCUCAAAACAGUUGUGCAUAUCACUCGUGCACAAUAGCGCAAA